UACCUUAUCAUGGAUUCUAUACGGAGAGAUGUCAAUUGUAAGAGAGUUUUGACAUCAAUAUUUCAGAUCACACCCUGUGAUCCAUCAAAUCAAACAUAAAAGUCUUCUUCUACCUUAUCAUGGAUUCUAUACGGAGAGAUGUCUUUUGGGUUGUGGCAGUUUUAUGCUAUGUUAUGAUUCUGUGCAGGGUAAGGAAUGUAAGAUGUAGUCCACCUGGUUCUGUAGUUGAGUGUUCCAGUGCGUCGAACAACUGCACAGUUCAAAAUGGGUAUGGUGUUUUUCCUGAUAGAACAAUCUGCAAGGCUGCACAAGUUGUUUUUCCUUCAACAGAAGAUGAGCUCUUAGCCUCUGUUGCAAUGGCUGUUGUGAAGAAGCAGAAGAUGAGGGUGGUAACAAGGUAUUCUCACAGUAUUCCUAAGCUCGUUUGCCCUGGAGGAGACUCUGGUUUGGUCAUAAGUACCAGAGAUUUAGAUCAUGUUGUUUCUGUUGACACUUCUGCCAUGAGAAUGAGCUUUGAAAGUGGGGUGCCACUGAGAAAGCUUGUGGAUGAAGCUGCCAAAGCAGGCCUUGCUUUGCCACAUUGUCCUUUUUGGGAGGGUGUGACAGUUGGAGGCAUGUUAGGCACUGGGGCUCAUGGCAGCUCUCUGUUUGGGAAAGGCAGUGCAGUUCAUGAAUAUGUUGUGGGGAUGAGAUUGGUAGUCCCUGCUUCUCAAGAAGAAGGAUAUGCUAAAGUCAUCCUGCUUACAGAGGAUGAUGAGGAUCUCAAUGCUGCUAAAGUUUCUCUUGGGGUUCUUGGAGUGACAUCUCAGGUCACACUUCAACUGCAGCCAUUGUUCAAGAGGUCCAUUACAAAUCUUGAGAAAGGUGAUCUAGACGUAGAAAAUAUGGUACUCACAUUUGGCUUGCAGCAUGAAUUUGGAGGUAUAUCAUGGUAUCCUUCACAGGGAAAGGCAGUAUACAGAGUAGAUGACAGAGUUCCUAUGACUGUACCAGGAAACGGAAUAAAUGACUUCACUGGAUUCCAACCAUUCUUCACUUCCCUUCUACGCACAAUACGUGAAACAGAAGAAACAGAAGAAGAAACCAGUUGUGUAGACUGCUUGUGUGUCUUCUCAGAACUACAGGUAGCUGUAAUCCUUGGACUUGGAAGAGGGCUCAAGAACAUUGGCGAGCAUUUUCUUGGGUAUCCAGUAAUAGGCUUCCAAGACAAAAUGCAGACUUCUGGAUCAUGCCUUGCUAGCCCCGAGGAUAAGCUAUUAACAGCUUGCCCAUGGGAUCCUAGAGUAAAAGGCCAAUUCUUCCACCAGAUUGGGGUUUCUAUAGGCCUAUCUCGGAUUAGAGACUUUCUUCUUGACGUCAAAAACCUUAGAGACAUGGAUCCUAAAAGCUUCUGCGGGGUGGAACUCUACGAUGGUAUCCUAAUUCGUUAUGUGAAGGCUUCAAGUGCUUACCUUGGCAAAGAAGAAGAUUCCGUAGAUAUGGACAUCACAUUUUACAGAUCGCAUAACCCAAAUAUUCCUGCCCUGUACACUGAUGUUAUACAAGAGAUUGAGCAGAUGGCGUUUUUCAAAUAUCGAGGAGUGCCCCACUGGGGCAAGAACAGGAAUGUUGCUUUUGUGGGUGCAAUCCAAAAACAAAGAAAAGCGGAAGAGUUUAGGAUGGUUAUGAAAAAAUAUGAUGCAGAGGGUUUUUUUUCAAAUGAAUGGACGGACGCUGUAUUGGGUAUAAGAAAUCAAGAUAUUGUGAUUUAUAAAGAUGGGUGUGCUUUGGAAGGACUCUGUGUGUGUUCAGAGGAUGCUCAUUGUGCUCCUCAAUAUGGGUAUUUGUGCACAUCUGGAAGAGUUUUCACAGAUGCAAGGGUUUGCAGGAAACAAGAUUGAGAGGGAGUAAAUUUGA